AUGUCUACAUCUCAAAAUCGGGGUUACAGUGGUUAUGGUAAUGGUAAUUCAUUCCUUGAUAAAUACCGUAAUGAUGGAUCACGAGGCGGUUGUCAACAAUGUAAUACAUCGGGAAGUAGUCAAUCUCAACAACGUACAAACUAUGCUUCAACACAACCGCAAAGCUAUAGCGGUAAUUUUGACACAUCAACAUUACGGGCUGUAGGAAAUGUUAUUCAUGAUGAACGUUUUGGUAAUGAAAUUCUUGCUCGUGCUGGUCCAAGUCACCAAUAUCAACGUGCAGAUUAUCGUACUCAUGAAGUUAUUGCACCCGAUAAUCGAUUGGAAAAUUUAAAUAUUCAAUCCGAUAGUGAUCCAAUACGUGUUGUAAAACCAUCCGAUCAAAAUAUUCAUUAUAAACAACAGGUCAAUGUACGCUUUUUGGAACCACCACCGGGACCUGAACCAGCACCUAUUAUUAUCAAGGAACGACAAGCACCAGCUCCACCUCUUCAACCACCACUCGUUAUUCGACAACGUCCACCAACUCCACCAACACCUCCACCACUUAUUAUUCGUGAACGUCCACCAACUGCACCGGUUCAACAACAACCACAAAUUAUUGAAAAAAUUCUUCCAGCACCACCAGCUGCACCACGUCAAGUUAUUGUUGAACGACUUCCACCCGCACCACCAAAACCACGUCAAGUUAUUUAUGAAAAAUGGUUGCCUUAUCAAGAAACUAAGGAACGACCAGUUAUUGUCGAACGAGCACCAGCUCAGGAAAUAAUUCGAGCACCAAAAAAUUUAAUUAUCGAAUAUGAACAACCAAGAGCUCAUCAUGAACAAAUUAUUAUUGAUGAAGGUGUCUUUCGUGCUGAUCCUCUAUCGCACAAUGCAACAAGUACUAUGGGUGAAGUACGAAUUGUUGAUAAAAUAACUGAUUUACCAGUGAAUUAUUCAAAAUAUUUAACAAAUCGUCGUCCUCAAACAGGUCAAGUUCGACAAUCAUCAUCAUAUGAAAAUGUUUCUGAUCAAUAUCAACAAGCACCUCAACAACAGUUUAGUCAAACUGAACCGGCACAACAAUAUCGUACAACAACUUACAAUUAUCCAGGUGCCUAUUCAACAACUUAUCGCUCAUCAUAUACAAAUCAAAGUGGUAAUCGAGGUGGAAAUGGUGGAGGCCAAUCAGGAGCUUAUUCAAAAUAUGUUUAA